AUGGCCGCCGCCAGUCGAGCAUCGAUUGCCCGGGCCGUAGCCUGGAACCUGGCCGGGUUGGCGACGUGGGUACCGGUGAUUGCAUGGUUCAACUUGCACGUCGCGGAGCUGACGACGGUCAACGGUCCGUCAAUGUAUCCUCUCUUCAACGCGGAGAAGGACUCAACCCUGACGCGAGACGUGGCGCUCAACUGGAAGUGGAAAGCCCAGGAUGAUCUGGAAAGGGGCAUGGUCGUGGCACUAAGGAGCCCCGUGCAUCCGGAAGUGGUGUCCGUCAAGAGAAUCAUCGCCAUGGAAGGCGAGCUUGUCCAGACGAGGGCGCCGUUCCCCACGGCCACGAUACAGGUGCCCGAGGGUCAUGUUUGGGUUGAGGGGGACGGACCGCUCGGGUCGAGCCUGGAUAGCAACACGUACGGUCCGGUCUCCAAGAGACUGAUUACGGGCAAGAUUACACACAUGGUCUUUCCGUUUAGAAAGUUCGGUGCGAUCGACUGGCGAGAGCGAGCUAUCAGGCCGCCAAGGUGA